UUACUUGUCCUGUUUUGAGUCUUGUGUCUGUCAUGUUGAUUCGAGCUAUGGCUGGUUCCUUCCACUUAUUGCUCUUAGGACUUCACGUCCUACUUUUACCCUCAGAGCCCAGUGCAAGCGAUGCCCCAGUCCUUUACGCGUGUGACAGCCAAGUGUUCUGCCAGGGAGACCUUCUACAGACUGUACAAAUGGCUAAAUUAUUCAACGACUCCAAGACGUUUGUUGACAUGCGGAUGGUGCACGAUGCCAACAAAACUAGGGAAGCCUUCAAAGCACUGGGAGACAAACCAACUAGGGAACAGAUCAAAGGAUUUGUCGAGGGCUUCUUCCAGCCCCCAGGACACGACUUGGAGAAUUGGGAACCGGAAGAUUGGAAAGAGAACCCAGGGUUUAUUGACAAGAUCAAUGACUCGGAUCUGAAAACCUUCGGCCGAAUUUUGAAUUCAUUGUGGAAGAAGCUAGGACGAAAUAUAAGCGCUGAAGCACGAGAAAACAUUAAUCGCUCUUCGCUUAUUGUUGUUGACAAGCCUUUCAUAGUCCCGGGUGGGAGAUUCAGGGAGUUUUAUUACUGGGACACAUACUGGACGGUCAAAGGUCUACUUGUUUGCGAAAUGUCGAACACUGUCCGAAACAUGAUCGACAACUUCGUGCAACUCGUUCGGGAGAUCGGGUUUAUUCCGAACGGUGGUCGGAUUUAUUACAAAAACCGCAGCCAACCUCCCUUCCUUAUCCCGAUAGUGGAUCUUUACCUUGAUUAUACCAAAGACUUUGACUACGUGAAGUCGAUACUUGGUGAUCUUGAGGCCGAGUAUGACUUCUGGCAGAAAAGCCGUCAAGUAAAGGUUUCAAAGGGGGGAGAAACUUGGACCUUGAAUCGCUAUCUGGCGAACAUGAAUACACCGCGGCCCGAGUCCUAUUACGAGGAUGUACAUACAGCACAAUCACUUCCGGUUUCACGAAAGCCGCCACUCUUCCAAGACCUGGCUUCCGCUGCUGAGAGUGGUUGGGAUUUCUCAAGCCGCUGGUUUGGUAAAAAUUCAACUGAUCUUAAGGGUACAAUGACGCAAUCGAAAGUCCCAGUGGAUCUUAACGCCGUGCUGUACCGAAAUGAAAAGACACUAGAGAGGCUAUUCACUAAAGCGGGGAACCUUGUGAAAGCGGAGAAAUACAAGGAGCUAGCCAAAAAGCGAGCGCAUGCCAUGGAAAUGGUCUUCUGGAAUGAGGGAAAAGGAUCGUGGCUGGAUUUCGACUUGAAUUCAAACUCAAGCAAUCCAGACUUCCACGCCUCUACUUUUGCACCCAUGUGGGCGGGGCUUCACCAGGGGAACGUGACACGUGAUUUGUUACUGAUGACCACGCUACGGGACAAACUAGUGUUGUCACAUCAAGGCGGGAUCCCCACCACUCUCAAAAAGACUGGUCAACAAUGGGACUACCCUAACGCAUGGCCCCCUUUACAGGACAUUGCGAUAGACGCUAUGGCAGACUCUAAAUCAGAGGAGGUGAAGCGAUCCGCGUUCAUCCUAGCACAAAAGUGGGUCAACACUAACUACAAGGCGUGGAAAGCUACAGGGCACAUGUUUGAGAAGUUUAAUGCUGAUAUCCAGGGCGCCCCUGGGGGAGGGGGGGAGUAUGAUAUUCAGGUGGGGUUUGGGUGGAGCAAUGGAGUCGCACUGCAGAUAUUGCAAACAUACGGCGCCGAGCUCAGCGUGAGGCCAGGUAAACCAUCCACAGCGAGUUGCCCUGGGCAUGCCAUUACAUGGUCAUUAAUCAUGCUCUCUUGCCUGAAGAUGUUGCUUAACUAGGGGGAAGAUUGGGCGUACCUUGCCAGGGUACUCGAUGCGACACCAUCCCUCAGUCCUUCGUUUUCUCCUCCCCUUUGAGAAACCCUGGAUUGGUCCGUAUUGGCCCAUCUACUAAAACACGAGUGUAAUACUGUGCCUUAUCGUUUAAUUCAAGAUAUAUGUGAUUUAAGUGCCUCUGCCAGCUACAUUUUGUUGUGGUGAUUCGUUGUGGUUGCUAUAGAGCCAAUAGAGAAAGAAAUGGUUUUACAUCCGUCUAUUUGCAAUCCUCAUGGUAUUUUUGUAUUGAAUAUGGUAAGCCAAAAAUAAAGCUGCAGUAUGUUCCUGGA